GAGCGUGGCGGACAGCGCUCCCCCCUCGUCCCCUGAAGAUAAUCUGCCACACGCACCGUUAACACUCCCACACAGCAACUCUCUUUCGCUGCACCCACGCUCAGACACCGGCAGUCCCAGAGACCCGAUGACAAGAGUAACACAAGUGCUCCCCCUCACCUGCAGGUCUGGAGAUGACGGGCCACGUGGCUGAAAGAGAUCGGUCGCCACACAGUCCGUCAGUGAAGACCACCUUGGAGGAUGAGAUGGAUAAAGCCGAGAGUAUUCGCAGCAGGGUUCCGUCCGUGUGUGACGACACGUCAUCAGAGCUACAAAGAGUUGCUGCUCUCGACCCUGAUGGACGCAAUUCCAGAAAUUCACUUCAAAGGAACGGAGCCAUUUCAAGACUGGUGUGCCUGGUGGUGAGACUGAGGGAAUGGGCACACAGGAGCCUGCUGGAGGAGGAGGAGCGGCCAGACUCUUUCCUGGAGCGCUUCCGGGGCCCCGAGCUGCGAAUGGCCCCCAGCCGCAUCAGCAACACACAACCAGAUGCCAAUGGCAACGAGGCCAAAGGGAUUUUUAGGAAAAAGUGGGACUUGUUUGUGGUGUCCCCAGCCGACGACGCGUACUACCGCUGGUUAUCUGUAAUCGCCAUAGCGGUGCUCUACAACUGGUUCCUUGUUGUAGCGAGGGCGUGCUUUGAAAAAUUGCAGGUGAGCAAUUACAUCUGCUGGCUGGUGUUGGACUACCUCUCUGACUGUGUGUACAUCAUUGACACGUGCGUCCGGCUUCGCACAGGGUUCUUGGAACAAGGUUUGCUGGUGAAGGACCAUGCCAAGCUCAGAGACAGCUACGUCCGUACGCUCCAGUUCAAGCUGGACGUGGUGUCCAUCCUGCCCACGGACCUGGCGUACAUCUCCACCGGCAUCCACACGCCGCAGCUCAGGUUCAACCGUCUGCUUCGAUUCCCGCGCAUGUUUGAGUUCUUCGACCGCACCGAGACGCGCACCAACUACCCCAACAUCUUCCGCAUCGGCAACUUGGUGCUUUACAUCCUGGUCAUCAUUCACUGGAACGCCUGCAUAUACUACGCCAUAUCCGGUUCGUUGGGAUUCGGCUCGGACACCUGGGUGUUCCCCAACACCUCCAACAUCUCCUUGACUCGGAGUUACGUGUACUGCCUGUACUGGUCGACUCUCACGCUCACCACCAUUGGAGAGAUGCCUGCGCCUGUGCGGGACGAGGAGUACCUAUUCGUGGUCUUUGACUUUCUCGUUGGGGUGCUUAUCUUUGCCACAAUCGUGGGAAACGUUGGAUCCAUGAUUGCCAACAUGAAUGCCACCCGCGCCGAGUUCCAAGCCCGGAUUGACGCCAUCAAGCACUACAUGCACUUCCGCAAGGUCAACAAGGAGCUGGAGACACGCGUGAUCAAAUGGUUCGACUACCUCUGGACCAACAAGAAAGCAGUCGACGAGAAGGAGGUGCUGAAGAAUUUGCCAAACAAACUGCGGGCUGAGAUUGCAAUCAAUGUCCACCUGGAGACCCUGAAGAAAGUACGCAUUUUUCAAGACUGUGAGGCAGGCCUGCUGGUGGAACUCGUGCUCAAGCUUCGCCCCCAGGUCUUCAGUCCGGGGGACUACAUCUGCAGAAAGGGGGACAUAGGGAAGGAGAUGUACAUCAUCAAAGAGGGGAAGCUGGCCGUGGUGGCUGAUGACGGGCUCACUCAGUACGCUCUCCUCACCGCCGGCAGCUGCUUCGGGGAAAUCAGCAUCCUGAACAUAAAGGGCAGCAAAAUGGGAAACCGUCGGACAGCCAACAUCCGCAGCUUGGGUUACUCCGAUCUCUUCUGCCUCUCUAAGGACGACUUGAUGGAAGCAGUGACCGAGUAUCCCAACGCCAAGACCGUGCUGGAGAAGAGGGGCCGCGAGAUCCUGAUGAAGGAGGGCCUGCUCGAUGAGCACACGGAGACGGGCGGGCUGCAGAAGGAGGACACGGAGGAGAAGGUGGAGAGGCUGGAGUCCUCUCUGGACACCCUCCAGACCCGCUUCGCCCGCCUCCUCAGCGAGUACAAACACACACAGCAACGACUGAAGCAGCGCAUCACGCUGCUCGAGCGGCAACAAAACCCAACGGACUGCGGCGUGGACGCAAGCGACGGCGCGGCGUCAGACGCAGAGACCUCUAAUGGUCCCCUUGCCUGCGCAGAUGGAUCACCACGACGGAGUAAUGGGCAAAUGGAAGACAAGGGGAGCCCGGCAAAAAUGUCCCGCUGAGGAGAGUUGAUUGUUUCCCUCAUGGUGAAAGUGUUUAGCUGAGUGUAAAGAGAUGCCUGCAUAGCAGUAAGACAAAAAUUGGGAAACACUGCUACGCCAAAGCAGUCUUUGAGUUCUUGUCUGUAACAGAAUGAGUGAAUUGAAUCUGUGGAAAUGGUGUCUUUAAAGGUGCAUCCAAGAUGCCCAGAUCGAGGUAAUUCUGGGAAUUGAGAACACAGUACAUUAAAAACCUGCAAAUGGAGCUCAAAUGUUACUUUUUCAAGAUUCCCCCUCUAAAAAUCUCUAGAAAUUGUGGGCUAAUCUAGUUUUUAGGUCACUAGUAAACAUCUUGUGUUCGGUUGCAUCAGCAGAGGGAUUCAGUUCUCCCUGCAUGUUGUAUGUUAUGCUCCGGCCCCGAACACCUCGGCGUCUGUUGCUGCUCCUCCUGGGGAGAGAGUCCAAGGAGAGAUGGUGGAAGGUGAUUUGCUGAGUUCACACACACAAACACAAUUAUUUUCCAGUGUCCUUAUGUUCUGUAUGUUCCAGGUUAGAUCUGAAUCCUUCUGCUCUGCUCAUUGUCAUAGCAACCUCUUGAAAUUGUAUUUCUCGCUUUGGCUGUUUGGCUGAAAAGCAUUUGCAGAGUGAAGGGGUCUUUGUUUUGCACGCCUUAUAUUACAAUGAGUGAGCUGCUUUGUCCGCGUUUGGAUUUGGUUUCUUCCCAUUUCUGUCGUGUAGACUCUGUCAGCAGCAAGCAACUGGGGACUUUCCAGUCAUUCAGCCCUGUGCAUUCCAGGAUGCAACUCAACCAAACGAGUGGUGCCGAUAAGCACAGCUGGAACAAAGCUUGUCCCACAGAGCGGGCUGUAACGAAGGGGCCGGAGGUAAUGAGUGCAUAUCGCAUGCAGCCCCUGAAGGAGCUACGGACUAAUUUAAUCCAGUUACUUGCCGUUGGCUUGUUCAAACAGAGAUGAAUGUGGGCGGAGUCUCUACAUCACACAAUAAACUAAUGACAGGUAAGUACACCUUUCAGCAGGCUCAAAUGUCAAACCUGUUUUGUGAGCAGUUGUUGAAGAUCUUGGCCUAAAUAUGACCCUAACAUGCGUUAGUGUGGUUUUGGAGAAUUAAAAAUAAGUUUAUAUAUGAGCCACAUUUUUGUUGAUUUAAGAUUAUAAAUAUUAGCAGUAUUUCAGUUAAUAUAUUUCAAUGAAUUAGUUUCAUGGUUGAAAUGUUGUCAUUUCAUUUGUCUAAAGUAAAUCAGUUUCAUUUUGCCAACCGUUGUCCCAUAACGCAAUGGAAGGUGCCUUUGUGACAUUUUGACCCUUUAAGCACAAAAGGACAUUAAAUAUGGUUAUGGAUUAUAA